AUGGCGCCUCAGAAGACUCUCGUGGAAAUUCCACGGAGCAUACUCCCCCGCCUGACUUGGAAUAGCUCCUCGUCUCGCCCAGCUGUCACACCCUCACAUUGUGCCGCGAUCGCGAAACGGCCAUCAUACGACCACUAUGCUCAAGCCCGCUCGUCCUUCUCAUGCCAGACGCACAGAAACGAGAUCGAAGCUCAAUACCGAGCCUUUUCAACGGCCGUACAAAAUUCACGACGUGGCUCUGCCGGUCUCCGUCAACCUUCGGUCCCUGCUCAAACAACCCUGACACCACAGCAAACCGUCACUAGUCCAGUCAGACACAAUGGAGUUUAUGUCGCAGCCUUUAAGCCUGCCCAGCGCGCAUUUCACGCAACCCCUUCUCGGCCCCGAGAGCAUCAUUUCGACACCCUCCGCUUCGUGAAGCGACUUCAAGCCGAGGGGUUCAGCGAAGAGCAGGCCGUGGCCAUGAUGCGCGUCCUCAACGAUAUCAUCCAAGAGUCGAUUCAGAAUUUGACACGGACAAUGGUACUUCGCGAGGAUUCGGAACGAUCGAUCUACACACAAAAAGUCGACUUCGCUAAAUUGCGCUCUGAACUUUUGAACGCCGACUCCACCGAAGCACAGCUCACGCGUUCAUCGCACGAAAAGAUCGCGGCGGAUAUUGCAAAGCUUAAUUCUCGCAUGCGUGACGAAAUCGGUCGCACGCAGGCAUCUGUGCGACUAGAUCUGAACCUCGAGAAAGGCAGAAUCCGUGAAGAGGCCAAUGGCCAGGAGAUGCGAAUCAAGGAGACCGAGACACGUAUUGAGCAAGAAGUUGCUGGCUUGCGGGAGCGUGUCGAAGCUGUCAAGUUUUCAACGCUGCAGUGGCUGAUGGGUGUAUGCACUGGUACCGCUGCUUUGAUUCUUGGUGCUUGGCGUCUUUUCAUGUGA